AUGUCGCUGGGUUUGGAGGUUUCGAAUAUGUCAUGGCGUCCGACCUACCGAAGCUCCAAGUUUCGAAAUGUCUACGGAAAGGUGGCCAACAGGGAGCACUGCUUCGACGGCAUCCCCAUCACCAAGAACGUCCACGACAACCACUUCUGCGCCGUCAACUCCAAGUUCCUGGCCGUGGUCACGGAGAGUGCGGGCGGAGGCUCCUUCAUCAGUCGGAUAAAUGCGGAUGUGAUUGAUAAUGAGGCCAGAGCCAACUCCACUCACUCUUCUCGGCACAAUCAUGGAGAUGGGUUCAAUCAAACCCUUCAGGGUGACUAG